CUUUCACUUGUGCACAAGUUGCCGGCUGCUGUGGGGACUCAUUAGCCGGAAGCACUGUUCCCACGUGUGUGGCAGUAGUUACAGGAAGAUGGAGAAUGUAACAGAAGGGACAUGGGACUCUUUACCGGAGAAGCUGAAUGAUAAGAUCCGUGAGACCCUGAGGGAGCUGGGCUUCUCCCACAUGACUCCGGUGCAGGCUGCAACAAUCCCGCUAUUUAUGAACAACAAAGACAUAGCUGCAGAAGCCAUAACUGGAAGUGGGAAGACUCUGGCCUUUGUGAUCCCACUGCUAGAAAUCCUUCUGAGGAGGGAAGGGAAACUGAAGAAGCAGCAGAUUGGUGCAAUCAUUAUCACUCCAACUCGGGAACUUGCGAUACAGAUUGAUGAGGUGCUUUCUUGCUUCACCAAGCAUUUCCCUCAGUUCUGUCAGAUCCUUCUUAUUGGUGGAAGUAACCCUGUUGAAGAUGUGAAGAAAUUUAAAGAACAUGGUGGAAACAUUAUUGUGGCUACUCCCGGAAGGUUGGAAGAUAUGUUUCGGAGACAGGCAGAUGGGCUGGAUUUGGUCAGUGCUGUAAAAACCCUGGAUGUUCUUAUUUUGGAUGAAGCAGACCGACUUCUGGAUUUGGGGUUUGAAGCAAGCAUAAACACCAUAUUGGGAUUUCUGCCCAAGCAAAGGAGGACUGGACUAUUUUCUGCCACCCAGACUCAGGAAGUUGAGAAUCUAGUGCGAGCUGGGCUUCGGAAUCCUGUGCGUAUCGCUGUAAAGGAAAAAGGAGUGGCAGCCACUAACACCCAGAAAACACCAACACGUCUUCAGAAUUAUUACAUGAUUUGUAAAGCAAAUGAAAAAUUCAACUACCUUGUUAGUUUCCUGCGCCAACGGAAGCAAGAGAAGCAUCUCGUGUUUUUCAGCACCUGUGCCUGUGUGGAGUACUAUGGGAAAGCAUUAGAAAGUUUUGUGAAGAACGUCAAAGUAAUGAGCAUUCAUGGGAAAAUGAAACACAAGCGUAACAGGAUUUUCACAGAAUAUAGGAAGCUUGAAAGUGGUAUUUUGGUCUGUACAGAUGUGAUGGCAAGAGGCAUUGACAUACCAGAAGUGAACUGGGUUGUGCAGUAUGACCCUCCUAGCAGUGCUAGUGCAUUUGUUCAUCGGUGUGGUCGGACAGCAAGAAUUGGUAAUCAUGGCAAUGCACUUGUAUUUUUGCUUCCUAUGGAAGAAUCAUAUGUUAACUUUCUGUCAAUAAACCAAAAGUGCCCUUUGCAAGAAAUGGCAGACUUCAAAUGCACAGUGGAUCAUUUGCCAAAAUUACGAUCUAUGGCACAAAAUGACAGGGCAAUAUUUGAGAAAGGCAUGAAAGCUUUUGUGUCUUUUGUGCAAGCUUAUGCCAAACAUGAAUGCAACCUCAUUUUCCGAGUCAAAGAUUUGGACUUUUCUACUCUUGCCCAUGGCUUUGCUUUGCUAAGGAUGCCCCGAAUGCCGGAACUGAGAGGGAAGGAUUUUUCAGACUUUGUUUCCACUACCAUUGAUACAGAUUCUAUUCCUUACAAAGAUAAAAACAGAGAAAAGCAAAGACAGAAAAUGUUGCUGGAGAAAAAAGAGAAACAAGGAGAAAUCAGGAAAAGCUUUGCUAAAAAUAAGGCCUGGUCAAAGCAGAAAAGUAAGAAAGAAAAGAAGAAAAAGGUGGCUCUGAAAAGAAAACAUGAAAAGGGCUCAGACUUGGAUGAUGAAGAUGUGAAUGAGCUGCUACGUGAUACCAGGCUGUUGAAAAAGCUGAAAAAGGGUAAAAUCACGGAGGAAGAAUUUGAGACACAGUUGACAGCUGUUGGAAGAUCUGCGGGUGGAUCAGAUGUAUCAGACUGAUCACGACAUCUGGCUCUUUCUUUUGUAAAGAAAACCAAACCUAUUCAAAAAUGCCCAAAACGUGAAUUUUAUAUUUCAAAGAGAAAAAAGGAUCAGUCAAAAAUGUUUUUUAAGUGCUUAAAAUGGAGGCUGGUGGACUGGUAUAUAGAUAUAUAUAUAAAAUUUUCGGUGGCCUUCCAGCACUUUUUUAGUUCAUUAUUUAUUGCAAAUAAAUUGGGCAGUAUGGAUUCGAUGCUCUGUGUACAUGUUUUAUCACACAUAAUUGUUCCAAUAAACAUAAAGUGUAC